UUCCAGUAUGUGUUUAAAUAACCUAAAGUGAGUAUUUUAAGAUUUUUUAAAAGAUGUUUUGGGGAUGUGUAAGUUUUUUACACUGUCAUCAAGGUUAAAGAUGACCUCCUCCACUUAAAACCAGUCUUCUCCACCAAUCACAUCCCUCCGUUGGCUCCUGGAUGAGGAGGAUUUGAAGACAAAGUAUUCCAGAUCUGCACAUCUUUCUGCAAUCGGCUCCUGCAUUACUGACCUGCCGGGUUUAGCCUUAGUUGGUUGUGGGAAGAUGUUUUGCUCUCAGAUGCAGGUUCUUCUACUUGCUUUGUGUUCCUCCAUGCUGGUGGUUCCUGUGAGUGCUGCUGAAGGAGUGAACGAACUGCUAGAAGCCACACAAGAAGAACUUAUAAGUGAUGAGGAUCUAACUGAUUUGAUCCUGCUGAGGUUUAUCUCGGAGCUGAUGGCGUCCAGGGGAGAAAUGAUGCACCGCGACCUUGAGGAGGAUGAAUUAAGCGGCAGGGGGAGGCUGAUGAGGCGACACAUCCGCUUCGCUCACAGACAGCGAAAGGCCGGCUGCCGAAACUUCUUCUGGAAGACUUUCACCUCAUGUUAGCAUGAGACAUGUUAGGACUUUUCAACCUGGGAUGUUUCUGCUUUAAAAUAAAAUAAAUCCUCUCCUGCAAUACAGCAAGUUAUUGCAAAGUAAGAAGUAUAUAGAGAUGAAUCAAUCAGUGGUCUUU